AUGCACAGCUCGCCGCUGAUGACCAGACAGGAUAUCCCGAGUGGUCUUUCCACAUCGGUGCACACAAACAAAUUCUUGGAGGAUGACUAUGAGCGUGAUCAUCUCGAGAGCCUUUUCCCUGUCUCGGAGAUGUAUACACACGUCCAGGAGUUUCUGAGCCAACCGGACCAUACUCGAGACGCUUACAGUAGCCAUCCUGAGUUCCUGUAUCAACUCGGGCUGAUGCUAGAAGAAAUCGAAUCCCAUCGAUCAUUGCGUCGAAAGGCAGCAACCCUUCGCGAAGAAUUCAGCCGAGUCCAAAAUGAAAAUGUUCAAUUACGAACAUAUCUGAAUUCCCGCCUUCCCGCAAGAGAGCCCGUGGUGUCAAGUCCUUCGACAUUCUCGCCAAUCCCCAGACCGUCUGCGGAUGUCAGUGGGAAAACUUGGGAUAGCAUCGUAUUGGAUCUGAUUUGA